CAGUGGGCGGGGUCUAUGUGGCGGUUGGGCCGCUUGGGGCCUCGCUGACGCGAUCUCCGGGCCAAUGAGGAGCGGCCCUGGGGGGGACCCGGGACGUGGCCGCCGAGCGGACGCAGCCGAGCGGAGCCAUGACCCAAGUACCUCAGACAGGAGGGCAGCUGAUGUCCAGUGGGGCUGGGUCGUGGGGCCUUAUCUCAUCCAGGGUGCAGCGAGUCAGUCUUCUGCUGGUGUCGUUGCAGGCGGGAACCAGCGUGAACUGGCCCGUCAGAAGAACAUGAAGAAGCAGACUGACUCGGGCAAGGGGAAGCGGCGCGAUGACGGCCUGUCGGCUGCUGCCCGGAAGCAGAGAGACUCUGAGAUAAUGCAGCAGAAGCAGAAAAAGGCCAGUGAGAAGAAGGAGCAACCAAAAUAAUGUGUGGGGAACUUGGUCUGUCGCAGGAGAAGUGAGGCAGCAUCCCUGCCGUUCACCUUUGUGCUUGCCCUGCCCUCAUCUCCAGCCCACCACAGUCUCCUGGCCCUCUUGCUUGUAGAAUGCAAAGCGUGUAGCCCUGCCGGGAUUGUCUGCCCCGAUGUAUGUUCUCCCCACUCUCUACAAUGUGCAGCCAGUGUUGGCCCAGAGGGGCUGGCCUGUGGCUGCAUAGCCAAGCAGCUGCAGGAGCCCCUCACCCUUCUUAGUCACAUCAGACCCACUUCUAUGUAUUAAAGUAGCUUUUGGAUUCCUCA